AAGAGAAGCACGCCGCGCGAUUUUCCAUUUGUUGUUGUUGUUGUAUUGUAUUGUACAACCAUACAACUGAAGGCGCGAGACGGUUAAGAAAUACCGGCAAUUUUUUUUUUGUGUCAAAUACAAAAGAGGUUGCGCGCAAAAAAAGAACGAACGGACAGUGUUUCUAAUCAAAAGAACGACCGAUAAAAAUUUGUGAAUUCCAACAAUUGGUAGUCGGCGAGUCUGGCAAAACAAAAUUUUGUAAUAAAAUAAUACCAAAGGAAAAGAAAAUAAAUAUAAAAAAUACAUGCAAUGCACGCACACACAUACAAGUUUUUGGUAGUGUGAUACAAGUAUAUGUAAAAAAUACCGCAAAUAAAAUAAAAAAAUACCAGUAACCAAAAUACAAAAAAUACAAGAUAGAAAAAAAUUAUUUUUUUUUUGCAAACCAACAUCAACUUCACAGUCGCAGCAAGUUUUUUAUUCCUCACAGUGAUUGAGCAGAUUUCUGGAAACAAAGAAAAGGAUUGUAGCAGUAGCAAGCAGGAGCAGCAAAAAAAUGUUUGAACUGGAAGAAUACUCAAGUGGAUUUCACGAUGGGUUCCUCAAUAAAUAUGCUGAUUCGUCUGGGCCCACCUUGGAUUUCUACAUUUCUGACUCACUACAAGAUAUGCUCGAUGUUGAUAUACGCAGCGAAGUGGCAAAUGUUGUGGGAAGUGGAAGCGAUUAUGAUACCUGCCUUGCAGAAUUGCCAUCAUCAUUUGAUCAUGGCAGUGAUGCACUUACGCUCAUCAAUGGCUCAAAUGGCAUGGGGGGCUCAAACAAAGAGGCAAAUAUUUUGUCUAGCUGGAAUUCUUCUGCGAGUACUUAUGGCUUGGGUUCUUCGAAUUCAUCAUCAUCGUGGUUUGGAGCCAAUAGCGAUUUUUUAGCUGAUGUUGGAGCCUGCGUUAAUCCUAUAUCAGUUAUGCCCCUCAUAUCAUCGUCACUGUUGCAUUUAUCGCCGAAAACGAAUUUGAAUGCCAACAGUUUAAGAAGUAACUCGCCACCACCUCCCUCGCCCAAUGUGAAUGACACUAAAUCGCAUUUAACCUUUUCACCAGCUCACAUCAAAAUCAGCGCCAACUCCAUACGCAAUGAACAGUUGACGUCUCAUAUACCAAAACAACAAAUAGUGGCUAUCUCAUCGUCAGUUACUUCAGCCACAACGGCGCCUGCGACAAUGGCCACAAAUUCGGCAUUGCAGCGCAAAAAUCCUGCCGUUGAGGCCAUCAAGAAGGAUUUGGGCUCCGAUUUGCGUAGGAUUACGAACGGAGGCUCCUCCAAUUCAUCAGCGACAAAUGAUGGUAUGGUUUUUAAGACAAAUGCCAUCGCUGUCACCGGAUCUACCUCAAAUACGAUUACCACCUAUGCCAAUGGUCGUAAUUCACCUGCCACCAAUAAUCAACAAAUUAUUACAACUGCCACAAGCAGUAGUUUAACGCCGGCAACAUCGUCGGUAUCUUCAUCGUCGUCGUCAUCAUCAUCAUCAUCCAGCACAAUAAAGUUGGGCCCCGGUAUUGGAGGCCUAACAUUUGCCAAUAACAUAACCUACAACAAAUUGAAACAACACACAACAUCUACAAAACUAAAUCAGGGAUCAACAACAAUCACUGCCAAUGGAGCGAUUGUGUUGAAACGCGAUCGCGAAUCUAGUCCUCUGCAAACCAUAACCACCAUAAAUGGCAGUAAUGGCCAACAUGUUACAAAGAUUUUGUCACGAAAUGGUGUUCAGACCUCAACCAGUUUUACCCCCAAGUCCAUAGCAUCUUCGGCUCAUAAUAGUUAUGUGCAACAGCAGCACCAUCAAAACAAUGGAAAUAACUCGCCCAGUGGUAGCCAGAACUCCUAUAGCCUCAGUGGUGGGGGUAUAAGUGUCUUUGGCUCAAACAGCAGCAAUGGUAACUUGUCGUCAUCAUCCUCGAGCAACAGCUCAUCCCCGCUCAGCAAUACAUCCAGUCCGAACCUGAUUGCCGUCAAACCUUUGCAACAAAAAAUCAAAUUAGCCCCCGUUGAGUCAGAUUUUCCAAAGCCCGCCUACUCGUAUUCAUGCCUCAUUGCAAUGGCUCUCAAGAACUCACGCAGCGGGUCACUGCCAGUCUCGGAGAUCUACAGUUUUAUGUGUGAACAUUUUCCUUAUUUCAAGACCGCACCCAGUGGUUGGAAGAAUAGUGUGCGGCACAAUUUGUCGUUGAAUAAAUGUUUUGAGAAAAUUGAAAAACCUCCCACCAAUGGUAAUCAGCGCAAAGGUUGCCUCUGGGCCAUGAAUCCCGAGCGCAUUACCAAAAUGGAUGAAGAAGUUCAAAAGUGGUCUCGCAAAGACCCCAUGGCCAUCCGCAAUGCCAUGGUUUGCCCGGAAAACUUGGAAGCCUUGGAGCGUGGGGAAAUGAAACAUGGCAGCAGUGGCGAUUCUGAUGCCGAAAUGGAUAGUCAGUCGGAAAUUGAAGAAGCUUCUGAUCUAGAGGAACAAGAACUCGAUGAGACUUUAGUUGAUAAUAUGCUUGUGGAGGAGGAUAUCGACGAUGAGUUGUUAAAUGCGGUAUCGAUAAAAACCGAAGAAGUUCAAUUGUCCGACAACGAAGAAGAAGUGGGAUGUGACAUUGUUGUGAAUCAUUUGGGAAAAUUACAACAUCAUCGUCGUGCCACACUCUCGUCGCCCAUCACAUUGUCCAGUAAGGGGACAACGUUAAACAGUGCUGGUGGUGGAGGUGGUCUAAGCGCAAUCUCCGAUAAUUUACAACGCGAUUUCGACAUUGAGGUUGAGGAUAUAUACGAUGCCAUCGAUAUAGACGAUGACAAGGAAGCCGUCCGUAUGGCCAUCAGUCAAUCGGAUAUCAUCGAACUUAGUCCUGCGGAUUAUAACAUUGCCAAUGGCGAAAAUCAUCAAUCACCGAAAAGAGCCAGAUUAAAUAUUAACUACUCCAUAGGACCCGCUGGCGAAAUAGAAAAACAAAUACAAAACCAACAACGUCAAAUCCAAAAUCAGUUGCAAAUGCAAAACAUCAAGAAAAUUGUCAAAGUUCAAAACAUACAAGAUCUGCAGCAUAUACAACAACAAUUGCAGCAGCAACAGAUUGUAGUGCAGACUAUUAGCUCGAAUGGAGGCAUACAGCAGCAGCAACAGCAACAAAAUGGGCAAUUUACCCAAAUCAUAGGUGGCUCAUUGAACGGCGAUAAUCAUAAUAGGCGAAAAAUGCAAUUGGUUAAUCGAAUAGCUUAAGAAAAGAGAAGCUAUGGGCAUUAUCAUUUUAAAACGUUCUAAACCUGGAGUAAAGGAAAAUUUGUUUGGAUAUUUAUCCGCGCCACACAUGCCAAGAACAGCAUCAGCAGCAUAGUGUUACCAAGGAGGCGGUGGUAUAGGCGGGCCCCAACACAUUCCUACUGGGUUGUUUUAUGUAUGUUUUUAAUAUCUAGAGUGAGAGUGUGUGCUAGAAUUUGCACUACACUCACUAAGGCAGCAGGUAAAACAGUAAAAAAGGAGUAGCAAGCUUAAGGAUUCCCAAUGAAAUCCUCCUCCAAAUCAUCUACCUGCUAACACAUGGGUUUAAAGUUUCAACUUUACACAAAAUACAAAAAAAAAAACAAAAAUACUUGGUAGUUUUAAUUGCUACAGAAUACGCUUAAGUAAUUUUAGGUUUAUUUUUAUAUAUACACUAAAAGUAAACUUUAAGAAACACAUCUUAUUUAUUCGUAUGUAUUUUUUUUAAAUUUUUUUAGAUUUACUAUAUUGGUUUUAUUUAAAUGAUAAUCGAACAUACCGCACCACAGUUUGUGAAUUGAGUAUUUGUUUUGAUUUGUUAUAGAUUAAACUACACCUAGCUAGCUGGGCCAUGAUGAUGGAUGGUACCAAGCCAAAAGAAAGCAAGCCACAAGGAACCUCUUAGAGGAAAUUUGUAUUUAGGCAAUUUUGAAAUCGAAACUUACAACGAUAAAUUACAUUUUGUUUUUUUUUUUUUUUUUGGAAAAUUCUGGCUGUAUAGAAUCAAGCCCAAUCAAGCUAACUAUUUUCAUAAUGUCUUCUUUUGCUUGCCAGCUAUCCUUGUUGUGGAUCAUGAUCCCUCCUAUCUUCCUAAAGCUAAACCUAAUACUGAAGUAAAUUUGUAAAUUUGUUUGUUUUGCUUUUUUUUUAUAGAUAGUUAGAAAUAUAUCAAAAUUAUGCUGUUUUAAAAUUAUGAUUUUUUUUGUUUAACUGCAUAGAAAAAACAAAUUUUUCAAUUAAAGAUUUAAUUGAAAAUUAAAAUGAAAGCAAUAGAAAAAUUAAUUGAUUCCAUUUAUUUUUUUUGUUGAUUGCAUUUUGUAUACCACCACAGAAAGUUUUUUAAUUAAAAUUCGAUUGUAAAAAAAUGAUUCUCUAAUUUUUAAAUUGAAUUCAUGGAAAACUUUCCAUUAAUAAAAGCAAUGAAAAGUUUCUUAAUAUAUUUUUUUGAAUUGAAUCAAUUAAAUCAAUUUCAAAAAUCAAUCAAAUUAAAUCAAUACAAAGUUUGAUUGAAAUUAAAAAAUAAUAAUCCUCUUAAUUGAGUCAACUAAAAAAUUAAUUGCAUAAAAAAUAUUUUUUUAAAAAUUUAAUUAAAAACAAAAAUGUAUGAAUUUUGUGCAUUUUCAGAGAAAAAAUCAAUCAAAAAUAAAUUAAAAAUAAAAAUGUAACCUAUUAAAAAAUUAAUUGAUUCAAUUAUUUUAAUUAAAUCUGAUAUUUUCAAUUAAUAAAUUAAUUAAAAAUUUGUAAUUAUAUUUCUAAUUGAAUCAAUUAAAAAUGCAUUUCAAUCACUUAUAGAAUUGAAUCAAUAAAAAUGUUGAAACCA